CCGUCCUGUUCAAAUACUAAGAGGAAAUUAAUUCACUUAUUAGCGAGACGGCCGCACUGUGCCGCCGCGCCCCAAACACAACACAAUAAGUAUAAAAAUAUAGGCCGACAAGGCGACACACACAUGUACACACAGUGUAGGUGGGUAAAUUCCAAUGUGACCACGCUGUUACAUCGAGCUACGAAUCAAAUCAACAUAAACAGGUCACCAUGGCGUAUUUUCUGAAGGCUCUGUCGGGAGCUUCUCGACUGGCCCCACGCUACACGAGAUCCCAAUGUGGCGGUCCCAUCCUGGCAUACUCAGAAGAAGUCCUCCAAGCCAAGGCAGAAGGACAACCUAUAGUCGCCCUCGAGUCCACCAUCAUCACCCAUGGAAUGCCGUACCCAGAAAACCUGGAGACAGCUGUCCAAGUCGAAAAUAUUAUUAGAGAUCGGGGUGCGGUCCCAGCAACAGUAGCGAUACUGCAAGGGCAGCUUACGAUUGGACUUACAGAACAACAGCUACAGUACUUAGCGAAGGCCAAAGGCGUAGUGAAGGCCUCCAGGAGAGAUCUGGCUCCAGUGGCAGCCGCUCGCAAGGACGGCGCCACAACAGUCGCUGGUACUCUGGUGGCUACACAGCUCGCCGACAUACCUGUGUUUGUUACCGGCGGUAUUGGCGGUGUUCAUAGAGAAGGUGAAAGCACGAUGGAUGUAUCGGCAGACUUGACUGAGCUGGGAAGAAGUAGAACAUUGGUGGUCUGCAGCGGCGUCAAGUCCAUCCUCGACAUCGGCAGAACUCUGGAGUAUUUGGAAACGCAGGGAGUGUGCGUGUGCGCUUUUGGCGAGUCCGAUGAUUUCCCGGCGUUCUACACGGCGCGGUCGGGUCAUCGUGCGCCGAACCGCGUGGCGAACGCGCAGGAAGCUGCGAGAAUACUGCAGGCGUCUCUCGACCUUCGACUUGGAUCUGGCAUCCUUAUUGCUGUACCCUUACCAAAAAAAUUUGCUAUGGAUGAGAAAGUAAUAGAGGGCGCUAUAGCGAGCGCUUUGAAGGAAGCAAACGCUCAAGGAAUUAGUGGCAAGGAAGUGACUCCUUUCAUCCUAGCAGCAGUAGCCAAGAUAACGGGUGGAGCAUCCCUUGAUUCCAACAUCGCUCUUAUAAAAAACAACGCCAGGGUCGGCGCCGACAUCGCCGUCGAGUUUAAAAAGCUGGGGAAUGCGGAACAUUCCUCUAAUAUUGGAGAUUCCACGGGCGGGCGAAUAUCGCAUGACGCAUUCCCGCCUGUGAGAAGAUUUCAUACGUCGAGUCGCGUUCAUGCUGGGGCGGAAUCUUUGGAUGAUGGAGAUCCAAUGUUCGGACCACAUAUGCGGUGCGACGCCGACGUGUUAGUGAUCGGUGGAGCCAACGUGGAUAGAACGUAUAGGGUCACAGAGGAACAGCUGCAGUUGGACGGCAGUACCCAUGCUUGCAACAUGCAGAUUUGCGCUGGCGGGGUAGGACGCAACAUGGCCGAAGCUCUGUGGAGGCUGAGAGGUGGUCGUGCACGUUUGAUCACUGCUCUUGGGGAAGAUACUGAUGGACAGUAUCUUGCUGGUAUCGCACCAGGCUUGGUGCUAGACGGGUGUGUCAUCCCCGGGAGUCGAACAGCAUCGUAUGCGGCAGUGCUGGACGCAAGCGGCGAAUGUCGUCUUGGUCUCGGCGAUAUGGCUAUACACAACCACAUAUCCGUUGAGCUUGUAGACAGGCACAAGAGUGCUUUAGAAAAAGCGGCGAUGGUAAUACUCGACGGUAACGUACCACAGACUACAAUAAACCACGUGCUAAGACUAUGUCAUCAGCUGAACAAACCAGUUUUCUUUGAACCCACUGAUCGAAGAAAAGCGAUAAAAGUACUUCAAAGUCCCCAUCGCAUCGCUUAUUCUUCGCCUAACUUAGCGGAACUCCGAGCGAUGGCCAAUUUUAUAAAGCCAAAUUUUGCAACUACAGUAGCAGCAGAGGAAAUAUUGUACCUAUCAGAAAUAGUAGUACAAGUUGUCGAAAUUCUCAUUAUUACGCUAGGUUCAAAAGGUGUCCUUAUUAUACGACGUGUAGGUAGAGACUGUAUAAGAGCAAGAAUGUACCCUGUGGACGUUACGAAAUCUGUAAUUAAUGUUUCUGGAGCAGGCGAUUGCUUUGCAUGCGGUUUCAUCAGCGGCGUCCUCUUGGGACGAAAAGAAUCUGAAUGUGUGUCUCUAGGUUUCAUGACUGCUAAACGUGCCCUGCAUUCUAAAGAUACUGUACCCUCGGACUUGGUAAUUUCUGUCAAUGUGACCGAAGCGCCUUUUGAAUUAAUUACUUAGAAAUACCUAUUAAAUCUCUUUUAGUUAGUAAAACACUAAAAUUAAAAAAAAAAGCCAUUCGGUUCGGUACAAACAUUGCGAGGCAUGUGCCUGGCAUGCUUCGAAAUAUGUUAUGUUAUAUAUUAUGUAAUAUGUUAAGACCACAAACAUUAUGGGGCAUGCGCCCCGCACACUUUGUAAGCAUAGUACCUAGCUACAUCAAAGAGAGUAUAACCAACCACUAUGUAGCACGACUGGCCACAAAAAUGAAGGUAUACGGACAAUGCGGGGCACGUGGCUCGCUGUAUCCGCCUUUAUGCGUACGACAACAGCAAUUAUCAGAAAAGUAAAAACAGUAAAAAAAACAACCUUAAUUUCCUUAU